AUGCCUGAUUUAGAAACAGAAUUGUUAAUUAGUCCUAAAGAAGAAUUCGAAAGUAAAGUUUCUAAUCCUAUGAUAGAGGAAGGAACAGACAAUCAUGAUAAAUUAAAGGUUGCAAUUGAUUUAAUGGGUGAUCACGCUGUUACUGGUGAACUUUUAAAACCGUUUGACAGCUUAAUAAAUGCUGUUAUGGAAUUAAUAAGAAAGAACUAUGGUUCAUUUGAAGAUGCACAAUAUAACAAAAACUUUUGUAACUGUUUACUUGAUCGAAUCGAAUUCAUUGAACAACCUAUGAAAAACUUGAGAGCACAUAAAAAUUUAAUGAUUCUACUUUUGAUAGAUCAAAAUUAUUACGAUACUUUAUUGUGUCUAAUUGCAAUUUUGAAAGAAUCACAAAGAUUAAUCAACGAGAUAUCGUUUCUUUGGAAUUUACGUAAAUUUAGAGCCACUAAUGAUAUUAAAAUUCAUUUUGAAAGAGUUACAGAAGAGUUUGAUAAGGUUUUAUCAAAGUUAAAUUUGGAGAAACCUUUUGAUUACGAAGCACAAAAAAAGAAAGAUCUAAAGGCUAUAGAAUAUGACAUUUCAACAAUGAAUAAGUUUCUUGAGAGUGUUGAAGGAUCUUCGAUAACAUUACCGAAUUCAAAUAUGGAAAUUAAUCCAAUUUUUGAAACAGUUACAUUGAUCAAAGCACGUUUAACUGAAGUUAACCCAAAUGAAAUUACAAUUAAACGGAUUCCACCCAAUGAAUUAAUAAGGGUAUACUAUCAUUUAUGUCGAAAAAAUGAUCAACCUGGCGGUGGUGGUAAUGUUAAAGUUAAAAGAUGGUUGUGUGGUGAAAAGGGAAAACAAUCAUAUUCUGGUAUAAUUAGAGCUGCUUGGCAAAAUGAUCCAUUAUUACGACCAUAUCUUUAUUUAAUAUUCUUAAAACUUGAUGAAUUAUCUAAAGAUAAUCCAAUUGAGGAAGGAUCAUCAUUAUCAGCUAUGUUAAGGUUUCAAAAAUAUGAUGAUAGUGACGAAGUGGUUGAAAUAAUUUAUGAUGAUAAUGAGGUGGAAACCAAAAACGAAGAAGAAAUACUGCCAGUUAAUAAAGAUUCAAAUCUUGAUAUUGUUCCUGUUGUAAGUGUAAAGAAAUUUUGGAAUAUUUAG